AUGAGUCUCCCAAUAUGGAGUGAGAGCAGUGAUAGGGGUUCUCAAACAGAUAACACUGUUGAAAAUAGUGACAUCGAGGCGCAGACUAAUAUCUCUGAAAAGAGGUCAGAGCCAAGUUCACCUCUGUCAAUGGGAGAAGGGAAAGCUUUCCCUCCACUAUUACCAGACGAAGAUGAUUAUAUCGUUACAUUCGACGGCCCGGACGACCCGGAACAUCCCUUUAACUGGAGCUUCCCAGUGAAGCUCUAUACCUCAGUUAUGGUGUGCUUUGGCACAUUUAUCUCAUCGUUCGCUAGCGCUGUAUUCGCCCCAGGAACCGCUGGGGUAGCGAAGGCGUUUGGAGUGAGUACCGAGGUUGGGAUCCUUGGUACGACUCUCUUUGUCCUCGGGUUUGCAUCUGGCCCAUUGAUUUGGGCGCCUUCUUCCGAGCUGAUAGGUCGGCGAUUACCCCUGACUGUGGGUAUGUUCGGUGUUGCGGUGUUCAGCAUUGCAUCGGCUGUCGCGAAAGAUAUUCAAACUGUCAUCAUCUGUCGCUUCUUUGCUGGACUGUUUGGCGCCAGUCAACUCUCGGUGGUUCCAGCCGUGCUAUCAGACCUCUUCAAUAAUAUCCACCGCGGGCCUGCUAUCACUGUUUACUCACUCGCUGUGUUUGUAGGCCCUUUUAGUGGCCCCUUUAUUGGCGGAUUCAUCUCCUCUAGCUUCCUUGGCUGGCGAUGGACACUCUAUAUUCCAGCGUUCAUGGGUUUCGCAUGUUGCAGUGUAUUUGUACUCUUCCUGAAAGAAACCUAUGCUCCAUGCCUCCUCAUCUCAAAGGCAGAAGCUCUCCGUCAACAGACCUCCAACUGGGGGAUCCAUGCUAAGCAAGAAGCGGUUAAAGUUGACUUUCAGGAGUUGCUUGAGAAGUAUUUUACGCGGCCCUUGCGAAUGUUGAUCACCGAGCCGAUUAUCUUGGUUGUCUCCCUCUACAUGUCCUUCAUUUACGGACUCGUGUACGCCCUGCUGGUAGCCUAUCCCUACGUAUUCGAGUCAGUCUAUGGAAUGAAUCCCGGACUCAGCGGCCUCACCUUUUUUGGGCUGAUCAUUGGCCAAGUGUUAGCAUGCGGAUUUGUUCUGUCUCAGCAGUCCAUCUACGUGAAGAAGUUGAUAGCGAACAAAAACGUACCUGUCCCCGAGUGGCGGUUGCCGCCUGCUAUUGUCGGUGCCCCGAUUUUCACCGUGGGAGUAUUUUGGUUCAGCUGGACUGGCUUUACUUCGACAAUUCACUGGCUUGCCCCCACUGCAUCGGGUGUUCUGAUCGGGUUUGGCAUCCUGUGUAUCUUCCUUCCCUGUUUCAACUACCUGGUCGAUUCCUAUCUGCCGCUCGCCGCAUCUACUGUUGCUGCAAACAUUAUCCUCCGAUCUAGCGUCGCCGCCGGCUUUCCACUAUUUGCCAAGCAAAUGUUCAAGAAUCUUGGGGUGCAGUGGGCGGGCACUCUGAUAGGAUGUUUGGCGGCCAUUAUGAUCCCGAUCCCGGUGAAGAGCCGUUCCCGCCCGCGGUUUCUGCCGCUUUCCGUCCCCCCGCCAUUGCUUUUUAAGCCUGUCUGCGUAUCGCCUCACUACUACUCCCUCCCAAUGCAGAGUGCUAUGGCGAGCAAUCCUGGCCCUUCAAAGCGCAAGCGAUCGCGCUUUGCCUGUGAACCUUGUCGCGAACGGAAAAGAAAAUGCAAUGGAGAGUCCCCCUGUUCAACCUGCAGCAGUUGGGGCUAUGAUUGUUACUACCAAAAUGAGCGUCGCAUGAAGCCAAAGCCCACUGGUAUAAUGGUAGAUCUUCCUGCCAUUCCUGGGCCAAGUCCUGAGCAUACAGGCUCUUACACCGAGUCAUUGGAAGCGAACUCGGGUGCGGCGUUUGUUAGAAAGAUUGGUCUCAAGAUGGACCCAGCAAACGCGCCCAAAUUGAAUCUCUUCGGCUGGAAUGUGGGUAGACGCAACCCCCCUUCUGGUCUAGCGACUGGCGCGGUUUUGGCCGUACCCAUAGUCGAUAUUCUCUCGCUGAACCAUAUGAAGACCCUGGCGAAUGUCUACUUUGCCAAGGUAGAUCCAUGCUAUGGGUUCAUCGACUCGGCAAUGUUCUUUCGCCGCUUGGAGGGUCGUUGGCAGUCAUCUGCAGAGGGCGAUUCAUAUGACGGCGUGCUCGCAGGGGUUGCUGCCCUUGGGGCGCUCUUCUCCGAGAUUACUAUCAAUAUUACCGAAGCUCACCUGGUGGAACUGACGCGCUCUAUCACAGACACACAUAUCGGGUCUACAGCCCCAUCAGUAGAAGUGGUGACCGCGUGGGCACUUCGGGUGAUUUAUAUGCGCAUGACAGCACCACCAUACCCAACCUGGAUUGCAAGUUCCACCUUGAUGCAUCUAAUCGAAGCUUCCAAGCUUCACCAAAGCUUCUCAUGCGACUCAUAUGAUCUCGACACUCGGCAACGGCUGAUUGGAGUCGCCCAACAUUUGAAUCUCUGGAUCUCGUACGAUUUGGGCCUCUCCAGGGUUUCGUUCCCCCACGAGGCGGUAGCACUGCCCUCGCCAAGACCUGGAGAUUUUACCGUAGAACUUCUCGGUCUCUUGCCGCUUUCCACCAGCCUGGGGCCUGAGAAUCGACGACAAGAUGAAGAGAUCGAGGAAUUCCUGCUGCAGACGUUAAGCCGUAACCACACUCAACCACCAUCUAUUCUCGCUCAAUGUAAUCUGGUCCUCUGUCUUCUCCGGCGCUUACAUAUGAGAAACCUCAUGACCUCCCCCGCUACGAUGGAGCGAGUUGUGGAGCAACUGAAGCGAAGCCUCGGGGCCGCGCGCCGUAUGGCUUCGGAUUGUUCCCCGUGGCAACAUGUGGCCAAUGUGCCAUUUCAAAUGAUUAGUAUUCUCCUUGAGAUGGAUACGAGUGCAGCAUUGGAGCUUCUGCCGGAAGCGAUGCAGACUCUGAAACUGGUUUCUGCCACUUACGACACCGAAAGUAUGAGAGAAGCAUAUGGGACCGCACGUCUACUUAUUCUUCUCUACCAGCGCCGCCGGCGUUCGGACACUAGGUUGCUCAGUGGGCUGUUAGAAGAUCAUCACGAGCCAUCCACCACUGAGUCACCGGCUCAGCCGAUGAUUCCCACGUCUGACGAAGUAUCAUGGUUGGAGGGAUUGGUCGCAGACGUACCGAGCUUGCACGGCCUCGACUUUGGUCAGUUUUUACAGCUCUCUCCGAACACGCCGGGAAUGUGGAGUCGAUAG